CGAAGUGAUGUGCAGAAAUGAGGCGAUCCUGGCAACAGGUGGAGCGGGGUUCAGAGUAAGAAAAUGAGAUAUAAAACAUCCUUGGUGAUGAGGAAACGACUACGACUUUAUCGAAACACCCUGAAAGACUCCAGUAGCAGCUCCGGACACCAUGGCCCCCAGCUCGCCGCCGUUGCCAGCCCCUCGGUGUUCUCAGGUCUCCAUGAGCAGCCCCCCCAGGCCUCCCCCAGCCGCCCUUUGAACAGACUUUUGAGCCUGGGGCUCCCCGGAGACAUGUACGCGCGGCCCGAGCCCUUCGCGCCGGGUCCGGCAGCCCGCAGCGACGCCCUGGCAGCUGCUGCCGCCCUGCAUGGCUACGGGGGCAUGAACCUGACCGUGAAUCUCGCCGCGCCCCACGGCCCAGGCGCCUUCUUCCGCUACAUGCGCCAGCCCAUCAAACAGGAGCUCAUCUGCAAGUGGCUGGCGGCCGACAGCCCAGCGGCCUCACGUCUCUGCUCCAAAACUUUCAGCACCAUGCACGAGCUGGUCACGCACGUCACAGUGGAACACGUCGGUGGCCCGGAGCAGGCCAACCACAUCUGUUUCUGGGAGGAGUGUCCGCGCCAGGGCAAGCCCUUCAAAGCCAAAUACAAACUUGUAAAUCACAUCCGUGUGCACACGGGCGAGAAGCCCUUCCCCUGUCCUUUCCCGGGGUGUGGGAAGGUUUUUGCUAGAUCAGAAAAUCUCAAAAUACACAAACGAACUCACACAGGGGAGAAGCCCUUCAGGUGCGAGUUUGAGGGCUGCGAGCGGCGCUUCGCCAACAGCAGCGACCGCAAGAAGCACUCGCACGUGCACACGAGCGACAAACCAUACACUUGCAAGGUGCGCGGCUGCGACAAGUGCUACACGCACCCCAGCUCGCUGCGCAAGCACAUGAAGGUGCAUGGGCGCUCGCCUCCGCCGCCCAGCUCUGGCUACGACUCUGCCACGCCGUCGGCCCUGGUGUCGCCCUCAUCGGACUGCGGCCGCGAGCCCCCGGUGGCCUCCUCGGUGGCGGUGGCGGCGCGUGGCGCCGAUCUGAGCGAAUGGUACGUGUGUCAGAGCGCGGGCCCCUCCGCCGCGCCUCUCAGCUCCGCGCCAUCAUCUGGCCCUGCCGCUGCCGCCGCCGCCUCGGGUUUUAGGGCUGCUGCUGUUUUUGCUACUUCGGCGUACACAGACUGCGAGUAUAGGCCGGUUUACUGA